UUGUAUGUCUGUUCCAGGAGCUCCAGUGGAAGCAGCUCCAGCGGGUCCGCCGUCCCGAGGAGCGUCGGGUGUGAUGUGCGCGCGGAGGGCGAGGGCGGCGUGAGUCGCGACGUGUCUACUAAGAUAGCGGCCGGCAUGGAUCGCUGGCAGACCACCCUGGAGGAUAUGAUGCACCUCCGGUCCUCCAGCAACCACGUCUUCAAAGACAACUACUGGGCUCAGAAUGGUUUCGACGAGCUGCGGCGUUACGUGAAGCAAGGCAGCGACUUCAGCAAGGAACUCGCCAACAUCUUGCAGGAACGAGUCGAAGCAGAAAAUUACUACUCGAAAUGCUUGGCGAAAUUAGGCUCGAAGCUCAGUAAAGCUUGCAAGGAGAGUGUAGGCUCCUGUGCGGAGGCGUGGAAACACGUGGCUCAUGACAUGGAGAAGAGAGCGGAGAUACACAGGAGUUAUUCCAGUGCAUUGACAGAAGAACUUGUGAAACCGAUGAAACAAGUUAUAGACAACCAACUCAAGUUGAGGAAAAAGAUCGAAGGCAACGUGGACAAGACGACGCGGGCGUUGGCAGAUUGGAGAACAGCUGAGGCCAAGUCGAAGAGACAGUCACACGCGGCCGCGCGAGAGAACGAGAAGCUGCAGGACGCCUCGCUAGACAUUAGCCGACUGUCACGCAGCUCCAGUAUGGGACACAUCCCUCACUCCAUCCUGAGCGCCGCGCGCGCCGAGAGACUCGCGCCCGCCGCCAGCGAGAGGGACGCCGCCAAGUUACAGGUGAAGAAGAGGAAGACCGAGGACGCUGUUAAGAAGACCGAGGUCGACUAUUAUAACGUGUGUGUUCAAGCGGAGCGAUCACGGUUGGAAUGGGAGACGAGUGUGGUGAAGGGCGCGGGGAUGCUGGAGUCACUCGAGGAGGAGAGACUGGAGCAGCUGAAGAGCGCCGCCGACUGUUACCUCAGGCUGACGGCCGCGGUACCACCGCAACUAGCGGAGGCGACCAAUGCUCUGGUGGCUCCUAUCAAGAAAGCCAACUCUAACGUGGACAUGCGCGUGGUGCGAGGUGUCCGCGGCGCUCCGGCCGGCGCCAGCGACCAGCUGCUGCCGGACUUCUACUGCGAGCACACCACGCUGGCCAUGAACAAGGAGAGACGUAAACAAGCCCUAUUGAAAAUUCUUCAGUUAGUAAAGCAAGAUAUAGACCGAGAGCGGAAGUCUAAACAGGGUCUUGAAAAACUCUCAAUGGCUAUAAAACAGACGCCCACUUUCGGUAGCGAUGAUUCUCAACAGAACGUAGCUGACAAACUGUAUCACAUGAGGUCCAUGUUGACGUACCUGGAGGCGGUGCGAUACAAGAUCACGACCAGCCUCACCGAGCUGGACAACCGCCCCGCCGGCCAGCACCCACUCGCCACACACAUACAGGUCAUACGAGACAAGCAGGGCUUGCAGCAGAGCAUACUCAAGGUCCCGCCCUGGCUGCAGGCUGACUAUCAGAGCGAAGUGAACAAGAACCUUCAGCCGAACUACACGGCCUUGUCCAAGAGCGUGACCGGCGCCGUCUGUGGCUCGGACGAGCGAGAGAGACGAGACUCAGUACUGAGCCGCGCCUCCAGCAAACUGCGCAUUGAGCAUCUGUCUUUCCGGAGAGCGGUGGAGAGGAGUAGCGCUCCCGCUACGCCCACGGUCCCAACAGCGCCCACCACGCCCACAGUGACGACGGCGCCCACGACGCCCGUGUCCGCAGAGUCCCCGCUGCCGCCGUCCCCCGCUCUAGACUGGACGUCCAGCGAGCGAGGAGCGGGAGACGGACUGUCCAAUCAACAUGAUAGUGACUUCGAUGAAUUUUCAUCUCAGAGUGACAGUUCAGCGGAUCUAUCAGACGUGAGGAAACACAACAACAACAGUAGCGACAUCACUCACAAGUAUAUAGGGAAGUGUAGGGCGCUGUACACGUACGAGGCCAGGUUGAAUGACGAGCUGACUCUCACACCAGGAGACGUGAUCGAUAUCUAUGAGAAGCAGGACGAGGUGUGGUGGAGCGGGGACCUCAACGGCUGCUUCGGCAUCUUCCCCUCCUCAUACGUCGAGGAGAUCACCUCCUGCAUCUAG